CUCCUUGUUUCCCUGCUUUCUCAGCCGUCUGUCUGUGUAUCUGUGACUGUGAUAACUAAGAACAAUGAGGAAUGAACAGCAUCCACCUCCAUUGAUCCCCAAGUUUCUGAAUGCCCACAUACAACCAUACCAUGUUUUACAUUUCCUCUUCUUUGUCAUCGGUCUAUCUCUUGGAACCAUAGCUAGCUUAUACAUCAAAUAUUUGUAUUUCAGUUUUCAGGUCAACCUGUUGUCCACUAGUCCUCCAUUGUCAUCACCACCGCAACCACCACCCCCACCAUCAACAUCUCCACCAGCCACCCUCUCGUCACUCUCGCUGCCAAUUUUACCUCCUCCGACCAACAGAACACAAAAUGAGAGCAUCGCUGCAGUGAAUGAGGAAAAGUCAUCUCUCAUGCACGGUAUGGACGACGAGGAGCUCUUUUGGAGGGCAUCCAUGGUUCCGCGGAUCACCGUAUUUCCUUACAGUCUCACACCUAAGGUUGCUUUCAUGUUCUUAACGAAAGGUCCAUUGCCAUUAGCGCUGUUGUGGGAGAAAUUCUUCAGAGGCCAUGAAGGAUUUUACAACAUAUACGUGCAUCCUCAUCCUGGCUUUGUAGAUUCGACGCCGGAGGAUUCCGUUUUCUACAGAAGAAGGAUCCCCAGCAAGGCAGUGGAAUGGGGAAGAUCAACGAUGAUCGAUGCUGAGAGGCGCCUUUUAGCCAACGCCCUGCUUGAUUUCUCAAAUGAGAGAUUCGUCUUGCUGUCUGAAUCAUGCAUUCCUCUAUUCAACUUCACAACAGUCUACAAUUAUCUCAUCAAUUCAAAUGUCAGCUUCCUGGGCUCAUUUGAUGACCCAAGGAAGGCGGGCCGAGGCCGCUACAACCGUCUAAUGUGGCCCAUAGUGAAUAUUACAGAGUGGCGUAAGGGGAGUCAGUGGUUUGAGGUCCACCGAGACCUGGCCGUUGAGAUUAUAGCAGACCGAAAGUACUACCCCGUCUUCCAAAAUUACUGCACCCCUUCUUGUUACAUGGACGAGCAUUAUCUGCCCACAUUGGUGAAUAUGAUAGCCCCAGAGUUGAACUCCAACAGGAGUGUUACAUGGGUCGAUUGGUCGAGGCCCGGCCCACACCCAGGGAAAUUUGGAUGGAAUGAUAUGACAGACGAGUUUCUGAACCGGAUCAGAUACGGAACUAACUGUACAUAUAAUGGCCUCCCAACAUCAAUAUGCUUCCUUUUUGCCAGGAAAUUUCUGCCCAGUGCAUUGGAACCCUUGUUACGGAUCACUCCAUUGCUGCUUGGUAUCGACCCUUAAGCCUUAGGAUAUGCUGCUGCUGCUUCUUCUUCUUG